GCGAGUGAUAGCCGUGAGGGUUAGGGUACCACCACCCACCGUGCCAGACUUCGGCAACACCCGAGCGACUGCAGGCUGUCGUCAUUCCAUUCCAAUCCGCAACCCCUCUUCGCGAUGUCCACAAUACGAGCACUCCGGUCGUUGCACACACGAAUACCCAGCCUCCAGCGUAUUCCCUCGCAAUGCCGGCAGCACAGCACGCACACUUCCUCCGUCGACCCAACAGAAGUCUCUCACUUCUCGGCGCUCGCAGCCGAGUGGUGGGACCCGCACGGGACCUCACGUCUGCUGCACUUGAUGAACCCGCUGCGGCUGCAGUUCCUGCGCUCGUGUCUCGCGCGCGGCCACACUGGCGCACAGUCGCUGCGGUUCCUGGAUGUGGGCUGCGGCGGCGGGAUCCUGGCGGAGAGUCUUGCGCGCCUGCGCGGGACUGAAAGCGUCCUCGGAAUCGAUCCUACCCCCGAAGUGCUCGCGGUUGCGAGGGCGCAUAUGAGGAUGGAUCCUGGGUUGAGGGGCAGGUUGGAGUAUCUGGGCACGACGAUUGAUGCGCUGAGGGAAGCGGGGGGAGAGCGGGUGGUGGGGGGGUUUGAUGUGGUCACGACAAUGGAAGUGGUCGAGCAUGUACCCAACCCCGCCGUGUUCCUGCGGGAAUGCAUGGGGCACGUCAAGCCAGGCGGCUGGAUCCUCGGAUCGACAAUCGCACGGACGUGGACGAGCUACCUCACGACGAAGCUUGUGGCGGAGGAUAUCCUCAAUAUCGUGCCUAGAGGAACACACGAUUGGAAAAAGUAUGUCAAUGCGGACGAGCUACAGGACUUUUUCGCACAGCAGAAGGGAUGGGAUGAGGCGAUGUUUAAGGGCUGUAUUUAUGUGCCCGGACUGGGGUGGAAGAUGUUGGAUCACGGGGAGAAGGUGGGGAAUUACUUCUUUGCGGUUAGGAAGAGGUUAGAGUAGAGGGAUGGAGGUGGAUCAUAGAGGUCACUCGGGGUAUACGCAUGCGGAUUAGCCGGGUGCUUCGGCGCCAGAUAAAAUCAGCCGC